UUAGGCCUAGAAAGUAGAAGCCAUUUUGUUGUUUUGAUGUUUGAUGUCUGUCAAGAUACAUUUGAGUCUUUUGGGAAUUUAGAUCUACUUCUCCAUUUUCUUAUCAGAAGUUUAUGCAAAAAGGAGAUUCUAGGUUUUUAAAAUAUGUGACGAUAUAUUUUUAUCGCUUUAUAUAUGUAACACCAGAAAGGACCAGUUACUGUGAAGGACGCAUGCAGGGUAGCAAGGUCAUGGCCGGAAACCCCUGUAAUAACCCAUCUGUUUUGAUGAUUCGCCUCACAAAUCUUCAUUUCAAGGAUGGCAGACUGUAUACUGUCCGUUACUUGAAUGUUAACCAUGGCUUCCAGAAGUGAACUGGGCAUAUCCCCAGUACUUCUGCAAGCUAUCGCACAGACCCUUUCAUCCCACACAGUCCAACGAGGAUCUUCCAGUGCUGGUAACUCCCCCACACGUGGGAACCAACUUGGGAUGGAAGCCAUGUCACAUCACUCAGCAACUAGUGGCUUGGUCUCUCAUCUACUGCAAAACUUGAAUGAACCUGUCGCCUCUCUGAUGGCUGGGGCCAGAUCUCCAAACUUGUCCAGUGAUAAAAGUUGUGUGCUGGCCCAGGCUGGACUCUCCAUGUUGGGCUUAUCUGACAAUGAAAUGGGCUCACCUUUAAGUGAAAGCCCCCUUACCAGCACUGCCAGUAAAAACAGCCAAUCCAGAUCCAUGGUUAUAUCCAGCGAGGAUCUGAACAAUUUCCUGGUUAAAGAAGAGCAAUCGGAUGAUGGUGAGCAGACUGGCAACCAGACUAUCACCACUGUCAGCAGCAUGCUCAGCGCACUAGCUUCUCAACACAUUCAAGAAUCUCUCACACGAAAAGGCAGGCCAGGCCAUCAGGCUGACAUUGACACCGCACUCAAUGGUGUCACAACAACCAAUGGGGAUUCACGCUCCCAACCCCAGAUUAUCAUCUACAGCUACAUAAACAACACAAACCAGGAUGUGCCAUCACCUCAGGGCAAUGACAUUGUUCUCAAUGAUGGGGAUGCUGACUCUCAGACCACAUACAGAGUACUGCUCCAGCCUGAUGAUGGGGCUGACACCAAACAAAUGUUUUCAUCUGAACUCACCUUUUCUUCUGCUUCAAAUGUUCUUCCUGUGACAGAUGCUCAAAACACUCAGGAUGGAAUGAGUCAGCCUUGUCCGGUCUGUGGAGACAAAGUUUCAGGCUACCAUUAUGGCAUAUUCACAUGUGAAAGUUGUAAAGGUUUCUUUAAAAGAACUGUACAGAAUAAAAAAAACUUUGUGUGUCCUAAAGCCUCUGAUUGUUCCAUUAACUCGUACAACAGGAAGAAAUGCCCAGCAUGUCGCUUCAAAAGGUGUUUGAUGAUGGGCAUGAAACUUGAAGCCAUCAGACAAGAUCGCACGCGUGGAGGUAGGAGCUCUUAUGAUGGAUGUGCAUCCCAUCUGAAGAAUCGAGUAACACCUCUAGAAAAGAAGUUAAAAAAGGUUUCAACCAGGUUCCCCCUUCCUGGUGAGAUCCCAGGUCCCUCUCAUGAUGCUGACGAUGGAUCUAACUCACAUCGAAAUUUAGUGGCCAUUUUAAAUCACAACGCUCAUAAACAGACCAUUCCAAGUUGUGGAGUGCCCCACAUCCCAGAACUACUGCGAGACAUGAUGAACCUGGAACCUCUGCUGACAGAUGAUGAUCUUCCCCCGGAAUCUUUGAUGGAGACCCCAUUUCCUGAACAGGCUCUCUACUCGUACAUGAUGCAGUUGGCAGAACUGCGCCUCUACAAGCUGGUGCGCUGGGCUCGCAAUCUACCACAGUUUGGUGCCAUAUCUACUGAUGACCAGAUUUUGUUACUCCAAAACUGCUGGUCUGAGUUGAUAGCGCUGAGCCUGUGCUGGAGGUCUAUAGACAGCCCCAACCAGAUCAGCAUCUCUUCCAGCCACCAUAUAACAGCCGAGUGGGCCCAACAUUUGGGAUUUGAAGAUUUGGUCAUCCGUCUGCUCAACAUCACUGACAACUUUAGGAAACUUUAUUUAGACCAGUUUGAGUAUGUGGCUUUAAAGGUGCUACUGCUCAUUACACCUGAUGUGAAGGGACUGAAAGAGCCUAAAAAAAUCCGGGACUUUCAAGAUAAAUUGACAGAAGCUCUUCUGGCCUAUACCUCCAGCCACUACCCCCACCUGAAUGAUAAAUUUGGAGCUUUACUGCUGCGCCUACCUGAACUGUCCCGCAUUAGCUUCAUGAGCAAAGAUAUCCUAUUGAAAACACUGCCUUCAUGCAUGUCCUCUUGUGGCCUUCUGGUUGAGUUGUUGAAAGGAGACAAUAAGGGAGAAGGUGACAACUCCAGCUUCAAGUUAUCUUGAGCAGCACAUUCACCCAAACCAGCUGGCAUCCAAACCAUUGGACUGACAUUAGGCAUAGAGGUCUGCUAUUCAGAAGACAAACCUGCAAAUUGACAUAACCGUAAUGUUCAAAACAUUUCAGAAAUGACCUAUGUCAAAAUGGCCUUCAAUUUUCAGAAUUUGUCUGCAAAAAGGCCAAUUCCCAUCCAAAAACAAUUAACCUCUCAUUCCCACUGCCCCACCCAAAAAAAACCAAUGGUCCCCUUGUUUCCCCCUCCCCACUCAAUUAAAAAUUGGGCUGUUACUUUGUUCUAUAAUGUUGUAAAAAUGCCAAGAGUGUUAAUUUUUGGUGCUAGUGUCCAAUCUAUAGGGAAACUUAACCUGUGUAGGCUUGGAUAUUCAGUUCUAACUUCAACUUCUUUACUGCAGUACUGUCUAGUCUAACAUGCAAAUGUCAGGCUAUCAUUUUGUACUCUAUGAAUACAAAUCUACUUGCAGGGCUAAAACCAAAUGG